GGGCAAACAUACCAGCGGACCACAGAAAUGGAUUCUGUCCAUGCGCAUUCGCUGCAAAUACCUAGGAGAUUAACAUUAAAAUUGAACAUUUUUUGCUUGAUUUGGAACUAUUAAAUGAAAAAAAGAAAGGUUCUAUUUAGGUGCAACUGUAACUUUCUCACUGUCCAACAUGCCCUAUCUUUGUCAAAUGUUACACCUGCUGUAUUUCACAUUCAUUAAAUUUUGGAGCUUAUUUCAUACUUCUUAAGUUUAUGCCAUAAUGGCUGCUUUAGCUGUUUCAGUUCUUGUAUUGUUUCUGUCAAAUGCGUCGGUUGCACUGAGGAGUUCCGAGACUGAUGACAGAUUUUUGGAAUUAGAGAGGAUUAUCAAACUGCAGCAAAGUCAGCUUGAUAAUCUUCUUGUUCAGGUAGCUGAUCUCAAUGUGCAAGUAGCUGAAAAAGAUUCCGAAGUCACACGUUUGAAAGAAAGAAUGGGUGAUCUUGAGAAGAAAUGUUCUAGUUACGACGAAACGAUAGAUACAAGUGACGAAAAUGUUCCAGAGUCAACGGAAAGCGAAAUAACUUCGACCGAUACAAGGAGAAUUAAACGUCAAGAAUCUACAAAUGUUGCCUUUCAUGUAUACUUGAGCGGAAACCGUUGCUACAGUAACCAUGAAAUAUACAUUUUUGAUGUUGAGGAAAUAGACACAGUGAACAGCUAUAACGUGGGUGACGGCAUUUUUGAUGUACCAAUAACCGGCACAUAUGUUUUUACAGUCACUGUUGGUUCAAAUGUUCGACGUUUCUUACAAGCACAGAUAAUGAUCAAUGGACAAAUUAAGGGACAAGCGUAUGCCGACUCUCAAGACAUAACCGAUAUCCAUUCCGCCAGUACAACGAUUGUUGUCAACGCAAACGCCGGGGAUCACGUGUUUGUUAGAACAGAACAUUCUUCUAACAACUGUGAUGUCAACAGCGAAGUUUACCAUAUCCGAACGUCAUUUUCUGGAUGGCUUCUUUUUUAGGAUAUUUCAUAAAAUGCGUUUGUUAAUAUUUCUUGAUCUAUAACGACUUCCAUCUCCCUGUUUGCAGUGACAGACUGGUUGACUGGUUUUUGACUAACUGAUUCCUCACGUCUGACAUUGGUUUUAUACAAUGAAAAUCAUGUUUAACAUCGUGCGACUGUUACUGACGAUCCAUUGGUAUGAAUAAUCACAAAUGUACAAAUUGCAAAUGAUAAAGACACUGAUAGAUACCACCUCACUGAUCUAGUUUUCUAUCUGACGCAUUGAUUAAAACAUAACGAAAAAUAUGGUGGCUGACAUAUCUAUGGAACGCCAGGGCUGCCUUAUUUGCGUAUGUAUAGACUCAUUCUAUAAAUUGGAAA